AUGGAUGCCAAUGUCGAUGCGAUCGACAUCGAUGAUGAUGAUAACGACGAUGGUGGUGUAUUCAGCCUCGCCAACGACUGCCACAGUGAGGACGAUGAAGCCCUCACUGGUGAAGACAACGUUCUUUCAGCAGUGCACGCGAAGCGCACUGCUGUUGACAAGGAUGAAUCAGCAGAUGAAUUUCUGCUGACUCGCGAAGCGGUUGUCCGCUUCGUUCAAGACUCUAUUGCAGAUGCACUAGACGUACAGAAGAGAAACGCCGACAAACAUGGAAGAGAAAGUGUUCUUUCAUUUGAUGAAGGAGAUUUAGUUUUACUGUCUACAGUAAAUCUACCGAAACACGCAGUGACAAACGAGGGCAGCAGUAAAUUAAUGCCCAAGUAUAUCGGUCCAUUUAGUGUGUUGCGCCGUUAA